AAAAAACUAAACAAGGCUGUUAAAGAAAUAUUGCUAAUACAAGACUUCUACCGUUAUGGGAAGCAACAACAUGGACGAGAACUUUUUUCUUGACAUUCCAGAUGCCGCGCUAGAAGCUUUAAAUUUUGAACAAGAUGGAAGUCAAAACCACCCAAUAGGUUUUCCUGAAAUUACAGAGGAAGACUUAUCAAGCGUUAUUCCUCAAGAAGAAAUGUUGAAGGGAAGAGCGCUUAAAGGGGCCAAGAAAUUUCCCUCUGAGGCAGCUGCAGUUGGAAGCAAGGGUAUUAAGCACACCGAUUUUGAACAGCCCUGCACGUCCAAAUCCCUCAUUGCCCAAAACCCGCAACCUUUAAAGAGGGGCAAAAAAUUUCCCUCUGAGGCAGCUGCAGUCGGAAGCAAGGGUAUUAAGCACACCGAUUUUGAACAGCCCUGUACGUCUAAAUCCCUUAUUGAACAAAACCAGCCGGCAUUAAAAAAGGCCAAAAAGUCUACCUCUAAAACAGCAUCCGUUUUCAGGGCGGGGGGAAAGGGGCUCAGACCCCCCGCUUUUGAACCGCCCAAAGCUACCUCUACAACUUUCAAAAACCAUGGUAAGCGAGGCGGAGGCGGUAAAGCCCCUCGUUUUCAACAGACCUAUGCCUCCCCGACCCAAUCAGCUUUAAAAAUAAACAACUCUGUAGAAGGAACCGUGUCUAGGGGUGGGUUCGAGCAGGGUGAAGAAGUUAACCCCCAAGCUUUCGGAACCCGCAAAACCCCUGCUACAAAUAACAAUCUUCCUGUGGGGCUGGCCGCAUCAGUUGCUGCUUGUAACGAGCUGUUUAGUGUUUGUUCAUCUUUAAAGCGUUUAAUAGAUAAAAAGUUUUCAAAGCUAAUUCUUGAGGUAUUUCAAAAACAAAAUUUUCCAGAAGAAAGGGUUGUUUUAGACCAAAAAAUAGCAGACACCCGGGCACUAAUUGAAAAGGUCGAAAGCGCGUUAAAGGGGGAAGGAAGAGGGUGACUACACAUGAAACCUAAAAAUGUAAAAAGGGGUUGGAAAAAAAAAUGGAAAAAAUCUAAAAUGUUAAGAAGGCUUUUGGCAAAAAGAAUAAAAAAAGCCAAAGCUAUUUUAAAAAAACAACCCCCCAACCAAGAAAGGGAAAUAGACCCUCCCACCCCUUCUUCUUCUUCUGAAGGUC